AUAUCACACACAUCAGCAUCAGUACUUGAAAGCUAUCAUAAACAGUGACAUCCAAUUCUUUUUAUGCUUCUUUAAAUCAUGAAAACACAAGAUAAGCUAAUAAGAUCAUCAUUCCUCUUUCUUGAUGGAUAAUUCCUCUUACUGGCCUCAGACUGAAGUUGUGACUCAUAGUACUCUUUCAUGGGCUCAUAAUUUCCAAGAAGAUUCACCCUUUUUACUUCCUAGUAAUUCAUGUGAUGUUACCUCAUUCAAAUCUUGUUAUUUCCCGACAUGGUCUCAACAGUUUACUGAAGCAAGUGCUUCUAGGAGUCAUAGUGAAGCUGAGAAAAGGCGCAGGGAUAGAAUAAAUGCUCAGCUUUCUACUCUUAGAAAACUCAUUCCCACCUCUGAAAAGAUGGAUAAGGCAGCUCUACUGAGAAGUGUGGUUGAGCAUGUUAAAGAUCUAAAAGGAAGAGCAAAAGAAAUCAGCAAUGGAUUGAACACUCCUAGUGACAUUGAUGAAGUAAUAAUUGAGGAACAAGAUGAAAGUUCUACAAACAAGGAUAGCAUAUUUCUCAAGGUUUCUCUUUGUUGUGAUGAUCGACCUGAAUUAUUCUCAGAGCUAAACAGAGGGCUCAAGAACCUGAAACUAACAACUAUGGAGGCUAAUAUAACUAGUUUGGGUGGAAGAAUUAAGUGCAUUUUCGUGGUUCAAUCUAUUAAUGGUGUUUGCAUUAAUUCUCUCAAACAAUCUCUUAGAGUGGUGCUUUCUAGGAUUGCUACUUCCCCUUCUACUUCCAAUUUUCGAAUCAAAAGCAAGAGGCAGAGGUUCUUCUUGCCUCCUAAUUAUUCUUAGAGUUAAUUAAUUGUAAAAAACACAGAUUAACUAUCACUUUUUCGCAAGUUCUAUACCUCAACUCUCCAUUGUUCCCUUUAUCUAUCUAAACUAUCACUCCCUUCGUAUUGAAACACACAUCAAUACUAUUUUAUGUAGUUAAAUGAAACAAUGGAUAGUUCGCCAACUCUGCAUCGAGGUGUUUUAAUUCAAAGUGAGUGAUAUUUUCGGUAGUUAAAGGAAGAAAGAAUAGUUUGAAUUAUGAAACUCGUGAAAAAAAUGAUAUUUUAUGCGUGUUUUUGACCAUUUACUCUUAUUCUGAAUUCUUUUUAUUUCCGGUCCUCCAAAUUGAGCGAUUGCUUUGUUGGAACAGCUCAACGAGGUGUGGGUUCAAUUCCUACAAUGCCUCAACCCAAGUGUCGGUUUCAUUGGAUUGGCUAAACUUGCUCUGGUCUAGUGUGCUAUGUGCAUAUGCUUCCAUUCGGACUCACUCAAUGGAAAGCUAACUCUGAUGUUCUGUUUAUUAACUUCAAAUUUGUUGCCAAUUUUAUUGGGCAUGACAAAAGAGGACAAAGAGAAGUAAGAUUUCAUGUGCUUCGUUCAUAAGAAUGUGAUCAAUUUGGUGGUCUCUAUUUCUAUGAAGUGUUUUUGUUUGUUUCCAAGUUA